ACACAUAUAUAUAUAGACUGCAGAUACCAAACUUAGAAAUAAUAAGCACAUCAAGAAGACUUCAGCUACGAUUUGAAUCGAUGACGAUGAUCAAUCCUCCUGAUGCAACGAUCGGAUCGAUUGUGAUUCGUUCGGUCUGGGCUGAUAAUCUCGACUCCGAGUUCGAGCUGAUUAGCCGAAUCGUCGAAGACUUCCCCUUCAUCUCCAUGGACACCGAGUUCCCCGGCGUGAUCUUCAAGGCGGAGCCAGCUCUUCUCCGCCGCGGCGGCGGAAACCCCGGUUACCUCUACAAGCUUCUCAAAUCCAACGUCGACGCUCUCAGCCUCGUCCAACUCGGCCUCACCCUCUCCGACGCCGACGGAAACCUCCCCGAUCUCGGCACCGCCGGCUCUCGGCGAUUCAUCUGGGAGUUCAACUUCCGCGACUUCGACGUGGAUCGCGACCUCCACGCGGCGGACUCGGUCGAGCUCCUCCGCCGCCACGGGAUCGAUUUCGAGCGCAACCGCAGCGAAGGCGUCGGAUCGGAGCGGUUCGCGGAGCUGAUGAUGUCGUCCGGGUUGAUCUGCUGCGACGACGAGUCGGUGUCGGUGAGCUGGGUGACGUUUCACAGCGCGUACGAUUUCGGAUACCUGGUGAAGAUCCUCACGCGCCGGGAGCUCCCGGGGUCGCUGGGAGAGUUUCUCCGGCUGCUCAGGGCGUUUUUCGGGGAGAGGGUGUACGACGUGAAGCACAUGAUGAGGUUCUGCGGCGGGAGGAGGCUGUACGGCGGUUUGGACCGGUUGGCUCGAUCGCUUGAGGUGAACCGGGCGGUUGGGAAAUGUCAUCAGGCCGGUUCGGAUAGCUUGCUGACGUGGCACGCGUUUCAGAGGAUGAGGGAUUUGUACUUCGUUGAGGAUGGGCCGGAGAAACACGCGGGGGUUUUGUACGGUUUAGAGGUUUUUUGAAGAGGAGGCUGUUAUUGGAAUUUAAACUGAUUUAACUUCAAAUUUUAUAAUACAGCUUAAUACACAUUUGAUUUAUU